CGCAGUCAGAGCUGCACCGACACCGUGACCGAUGCCCCGCCUCCAAUGUGGCGGAGAGCCGCCCAGUCUCAGCAGACGAGGGUUCCCGGUAAUAACGGCAGCUUGGCAGGUGUCGCCGGCGUCCUGUUGUCUACAGAGAACAGCCGGUCGUUCUCGGCUCCCGUCCUCACCUCGGAAAGACGUCUCGCCAUCAGCUCUCUGAACUCUUUCACGCCCUUGCAUAAGCCGGAAAGGUCCAUCAGCCCGGAGAGCAACGACAGCAUUUCCGAGGAGCUCAACCACUUCAAGCCAAUCGUCUGCUCUCCUUGCACGCCGCCGAAGAAACUUCCGGACGGAAGAGUCCUGAGUCCCGUCAUCAUCAAAUCAACGCCCAGAAACCUGAGACGGAACCUGCAGAAGCCUACCUCCUACGAGGCCAGUCCCAUGGUAUUAAAGAAAUGGGAGCAGGUUUUCCAGGACCGCCAGAUGAAGAGGACUCUCUCCAAAGGCACCCUGACCACAUCCGUUGAAGAAGAUGGGCCGUCUCUUAGAAAGCCGGAGACCGCGAGCAAAGGAGCGGCGGCAUGCCAAAUUACAUUUAGUGACGUCGGUCCGGCUGGAGAUGUUGAAUUGCCGCCCCAUUGCAGCAGAGAAGAUGUGUCGCGAGCAAAUUGUGAUUCAAAGGAGCAGUCGUCGCCUUGCGGCAAUUGUUUCCGGAACGCCGAACCUGCAACACGGAGGGGCUUUGCUGAUGCAGCUGUCAAUGUGCAGGUCGGCACCAAGUCCAGGUUGGCGACUCGGCUGACCUCUAGCAGAAAGACAAUUUCCACAUGUAAGUGUUUGGUGGCCAAGCCCAUGAAAUCCUCUUUGAAACGGGCGCACAAGAAAACGUCCCAGUCCAUUGGGGUGCAGAACGGCUCCUGUUUCUCUACCACGGAGGCCAUCAGCCUGGCCUUCCCUCCACGCAGAGGGCAAAAGAGACGCUGCAAAACGAAGCACUUAGAGCAGAACGGCGGCCUCAAGCGGCUAAGGGUGGCUUGUCGGAGCGGUCAGGGCGGCUUAGAGAGGAUCUGGAGGAAAAAGCUGAAUCAAGAGGAGGAGGACAAAAAACUGGCUCUGAAACUUCAGCAGAUAUUCGACAAGGAAAGCCGCAGGGUGAAGCGCUGCAAGGGGAGCCGGGACGAAUAUCCUCUGCGCUCCAAAAGCACCGCCGGCGCAAACUAGAUCUCAUUUCUGCCUUUUUCUAGAUGAAUACAAAUAUCCAAAAUGACUAUCGGAGAAUUAUUUUUUCUAAUUUUCUAUUUUUGGACUACAAUAAAAAGAGGA